GUCGUAAGAGGAAAUUAUGAGGUGGCUGUGGAUUAUCCUGCUAAUGGCUAUAGCGCUGCCGGCGGUCUUGCCACAGAAGCGCUCCAAGCCGAUGCCAAGGCUGCAUGGCGACAGCGUGCCCAUCAGCCUGAUAAGAACGAGCAACAUUAAGGUCCAGAAGAAGAUCGUCGACACGCAUAACUAUUUUCGCACUCAGGUCAAGCCUCCGGCGGCCAAUAUGCUCGCUAUGAAAUGGCAUCAAGGCUUGGAAAAAGCUGCACAGAGAUGGGCCGAUAAAUGCCUUGGACUGGUGCACGACAAUGCAACUGGCCUACAUUUGGAUGGUCUCGGGCAUAGUGGACAAAAUAUCUUCAUUUCAACGGAGAGGAUGCUUUGGAAUUUCCCAAUCAGAGUGUGGUACAGGGAGUACAAAGACUUCAAAUACGGCAAUAAGAAGGCAAACAACUUUCGCAAGAUCGGCCAUUACGUUCAAGUCGUGUGGGCCGCCACGCAUCUGGUUGGCUGCGGCGUUAGUCAUUGCACUGGUGGCAAAGGCCCAUUCGGGUCUAGAGACUUCGUCAUGUACGUCUGCAACUAUGCUCCGGGGGACAUCAGCGAUGACAAUCUCCUUAGUAAGCCGUACGUGGCAGGCAAGCCGUGCAGCAUGUGCAAGAACCACUGUUGGCGCAACAAGCUGUGCACGAACGCCUGCUACUAUACCGAUUCCUGGGGGAACUGCGCCGAGCUGGUGAGGACGUUUCGUACCUGGGUCUGCAACACGAACACGGCCGAGGGCCGCAAGCGGCGCCAGAUGUGUGGGGCCACGUGCAAUUGCAAGGGCAAGAUCUACUACCACUAGUGAACGAUCCCGACGAGGCUUCUGCACCCUUUUCUUCGCAUCGGUUCAUCAUCGAACGCCGUUACGCGGAGGCAGAGUCGGCUGAGGGCUGCGCGAGGUAUGAAAUUAUUUUAAAGCUGUCCUAGAGCGGCACGCGGACUGGAACAAGGCUCGGGGGUUAGGUCUGGUCAUGGUGGCGGUUUGCGGCCACUCGACCCCUGUCUUCGACGUACCGCGCAGAUUCAUUGGGGAACAAAGGGCGAGCGAGAUUCUUUGACGGAGCCGGAGAAAAUUAGCCGAGUUCUUUGUUCGGGCUAGCAUUGGAUUGCGGAAUUUUCGCAGGUGUUGCCGAUGACGGUGUUGCGAGGUAUAGGGGUGGUUUUCAUUUCCAUAUUUCUCGUCCAUUAUAAUUCUUUGUUUUAAUUAGCGAUUGUAGUGACGACUUUCGAGAAGCGUAUACGAGGCUUGUUCAGAAAUUAUUUCGAUAUUUUAUUAAAUUAAUUUCUUCCAUUUUCUGGGAAAAAUCGCUUUAUGGGUGCCUUUCCAACACCUUUCGUUUCUCUUAAUAUUAACACUUUGCACUCCGAACCAUUCUGGAUGUAAGCUACCAGCUACUCGUGCAUGUAUGCACCUUCAUAUUAUAUAGUAUAGUUUUGGAACCAAGUAACAUAUUAUAAUAAUAUUGGUCAUAUAUGAAUUGGCAGACAUCGAGAAAUAUAUAUUUGCCAAAAAAAGAAGAAAAUAUUUUAUUUUUUACAAUUUUCUACAGUAUGAUAAACUUUGAGGCACACUCCAAUGUGCAUUGCAGGCUGAUUUAUGCACUUUGACAAUAAUAAGUAGUUUCACGUCUUCCACCAGGUGUUUUCCUGUCAGAACAAAUAAUACAGUCCCAUUUCCUUUCUCCCACAUCGGGAGUAUGUACUUUAUUAUUUAAUCUAUUAUCCAUCAUAAGCACAAUUCUCGUGUUCUCUUCUGACGUAAAACCGGCUGACAUUUUUAUAUAUCUCAGUAAUUUUGCUAUAUUUUAAUUUGAUUUCUUGUGCCAUUUCAAGAGAAAACGUCAGGGAAAUAUACAUUUCUUAAAAACAUGUGCUGGAAUAAACUGAUUCCCAGUAAUCACUAAUAAACUUUAAU